UAAUAAUAAUAAUAAUAAUAAUGAUAACAAUGACAGUGAUAUAUCUCCUUAUCCCUCAACAACUCCUGAAUGCUUAUUUUUCCCUCUUUCUUUUUCAAAUUCCUCAGUUUCGUCCAUUUCAUCCAUGUUUCAGGAUAAAGUGUGCACAAUUCAUGAAUUGAAUGACUUAAUCAAGGAAAAAUGUAAAUCAGCCACGAAGAACGAUCAGGAGGAAUUAUUGGAGGAUGUACAAUCACUGAUCCACGCCUGUGAAUUGGACAGAAAGUUCAACAUUGAUCAUUUACGUAACUUGUCACUGGAAUCCAAGACAGCACGAAUACUUCAUAUCUGUCAAGUGUGCUCUUCAACAAAACAUGCAGCCCUGUGUGUUGCUUCUGAUCAUUAUAAAAAAGAAUUACCCAAGGUGUACUACAAGACGAAGAGGCCUUCAAGUAAAGAUUAUGAGGAAAUGAAAUCAGAUCAGCUUGUACUUGAAGGAACUUGGUUUAGACAGUAUUUUGUUGGAAAACCAUAUGUCACUUUGAUUGGUUGCUUAGAGACGACAAAUAACGAAAAGAGUAGCAGGAAAUCAAACCGAAGUUCAGUGCAGAGUAUUUCAACGAUUACCGAAGAUACAACAUUAGGCAUUAUUACUAUUGUGCAAGAAAAGGCAGAUAAAGGCAACAUGACCCAAUACCGGAUCAUUAUACGUAGCAAACACUCUGAACAAGCGAGAUACAUCGUUCAUGAAAACACAGCUAGAGAUACACAGAAUCAGCUAGAGCUAAAAGGCGAAAGUAAAUCAAUGAAUCAGAUCAAUAGCAACAAACGACUAUUACCCUCCUUCAAGAGCAGCAAUGAAACGAGUGAAUCAACCCGAUUGAUGAGAGCAGCCAUUUUAUCUGUCUGUCCACAUUUAGAUCUGAGAUCUUUUAAAGAACUAUCAGCAGAGUCAACAAUCUUGUCAGGAUUAGAGAAAGAAUUGAUUAAAUAUGAUGAGCUACAGAUACCAAAACACUACAAGUUUGGUGUGCUCACAGUUAAGAAUGGGCAGAUCACGGAAGAAUCCUGGUUCUCAAACACAGGAUUAUCAAAAGAUCUACAAGACUUUUUGAGCAUCAUGGGUCAUAAAAUCCAGCUCAAAGGAUAUAAAGGAUAUGCUGCUGGACUUGAUACAAAGAGUUCAUAUAUAGCUGGAGAAUCAGGUGAAUUUGCCUAUGUGUCCAAAUGGAGAGACUAUGACAUUACCUUCCAUGUAGCAGCCAUCAUGCCCUCGCAAGCCAAUGAUAAGCAGCAAGUGCUUCGAAAGAAACAUAUUGGCAAUGAUAUUGUCUGUAUUAUAUUCAUUGAAGGAAACCAAACAUUCAAUCCAAAAGCGAUUCGAUCUCAAUUCUUACACGUCUACAUUGUUAUUCGUCCAGAAACUGUUCACCAAAAGCGACAUUGGAGGAUUGAAGUCAUUAAACAUAAAAAUGUAAAUCAGUUUGGCCCGCCUAUACCAAGUCCGCCAUUAUUUGAUGAUAAAGAGCUCAAGAGCUUCCUCACAUUAAAAUUGAUCAACGCGGAAAAUGCGGCCUUAAAGUCAGACAGGUUUUUUAUACCCAAUAACAAAGCGCGUUUGGGCUUACUGGGGAACUAUAUCCAGAUGGGGCUCGCUUUCAAUCCAGUCGAGACGGCGCGUCAAUCAACAGAGAAGACACGGCCCAAGUCUGCCAAUCACAAUCACAAAUCGCGUUUGUUACAUGAGGCACAUCAUAUGGAGGAACGAAGGAGACAGAAAUUGAUGACAACCAGUAGUGUGAAUAUACCACCCUUGAUACCAUCGAUAAGCAGUAGUAGUCGAUCAACACUAUUGACUGAUAUUAAAAAAGGCUUUUCCAGAAAGAAGAAUGAAGAACAAAUGUCAAGGAAGACAAGUAAAUUGAAUAUAACGAGUACACCAGAAGAAGAUUUGCUUAUUGGCCAAGACAUUCAAGUAUCAUCUGAAAGCUUUAUAUCACCAGAACAACUAUUCGCAAGCUCCAUUUAUGAAGAAGAGAUUGUAGAACAAAAAGAUUAAGAUUGAAAGUUAGAUGAACAAUGCUGGUCUCAUUGUACAUUGCUCUAAGUCUAUAGUGCAUAUACGUGUUUUACGUAUAUAUUACCUGUAUACGUGUAUAUGCGCGUACGCGCGUGUGUGUGUAUGUGUGUAUAAUUUUAUACACAAAAAAAAAGUAAUAAAAAACAAGAAUUAAAGUUCUCCACUUUAUCAAAGAAUACUGACUCAUCGUGUUUAAUCUUAGCUUAUCAUCGA